AUGGAGUUUGCAGAGCUGAUCAAGACCCCUCGAGCAGACAAUGUUGUUCUGCACCGCCCUUUCUACCUGGCAGUGGAGGGGACUCUGUGUUUGACUGGCCAUCAUCUCAUUUUUUCUUCACGGCGCCAAGAUAAUGCUGAGGAGCUGUGGCUGCUGCAUUCCAACAUUGAUUCUAUUGAAAAAAGGUUUGUGGGCUCAUUGGGUACCAUCGUUAUAAAAUGCAAAGAUCUGCGCAUUAUUCAGCUGGAUAUACCUGGAAUGGAGGAGUGUUUGAACAUUGCUAGCUCUAUUGAGGCUCUUUCCACCCUGGAUUCUGUCACUCUCAUGUAUCCCUUCUUCUACCGGCCCAUGUUUGAAAUCGUUGAAGAUGGCUGGCGCUCUUUUCUGCCUGACCAAGAAUUUGAACUCCUCAGUUCAGUG